ACUGACCUGUUGGCUUGCGUGGUGCUCUUUGCCUCGCUUCUACUAGCAGGAUUUAUGGUUAGCAACUGCUACAGCGCAGGACUGGCGGGCGUCAUGACCGUGCCACAAUACGAAAGGUCCAUCGACACUGUGGUCGAAUUUGCGGCCAGUGGAAUGAUAUGGUACGGACCAACGCCGUAUUGCUUGGAGGAGAUAUUCAACGCCACGGAGCCCUACUUGAAGAAAGUCGUGUCCGCCUACAGAGUGGCAUCACCGGCGGAAACAAAGCUCCAUGCGCAAGAGGCUAAAACCGGGUUCAUCAUCGAACAGACACAGCAUGGAAACUUUGCUCCGAACGACUUUCUCGAUCGCGAGACCUCCACGUUCUAUCAGAAACUGUUAGACGAUGUCUACUUUCAAAAUUGUGCCGCCCUCAGCACGAAAACCAAUCCACUAAGGGCUUCACUGAACGACUAUAUACUGCGCGUGCAGCAGUCUGGCAUCCUGUAUCACUGGGGAACAAUGACCGCCAUCCGCUACCUUCCGACGGAAGUGUUCCGCAAUAUCGCCAACGCACGUCAGCAUCUUCACGACGGGGACGCUGCUCCCCUCGAGAUCGGCCAUUUCCUAGGCGCGUUUUUCAUUUUGGGCUAUGGACUGCUGUUCGCCGGAUUAGUUUUUCUUGUGGAACUAUGGGGCACUAAGGUGACCCGUCGCUUGAAAAACCAUUUGACGUAA